UGUGAAUGCCAGUCAGCCGGCAAAACCAGUGAGCGAGAGUGUGUGCUUGUGUUUGUGUGUGGCAGAGCGAGCCAGUUGCAGCCUCUGCUGGUGUAGGAAACGCCAGGCAGCCAGUGCAGUGUUUUAAAGUGAACGAUACAUCCUGCUCCGCUCCUCUGCCUCUCUUUGGACUAUACCACUACCAGGGACUCACCCUUUGGACUAUUCCGAGGCUUCCUCCUCGUCUUGCAUUUGAAGGGAACACCUGUGUGUUGUUUGUGUGUGUGUGUGAGCAGAGACAACGGACUUAGCCCUGGUGAACAGGGCGAGUGGAUGACUUCAGUGGAUGAGGGCUUGGCUGGUGGAAAGAGGGAGGCUGCUGACCAUGGACUCCCCUCACUAGUUAACGGGGGUGGUGAGGACGAUCAGGUGUGUCCGGUCAUCAUGUGCACACGGGCCUUUCCUGACUCCGUCCCCGAGAGCCAGCUGUUCCCUGGAGAGGUGGAGGAGCCUGAGGAGGAGGUGGCAGACGAGGGCAGGGAGAGGGAAUCGGACAGAGACAGUGCUGUGGAAAGCACCCAGGGGUCAGACACCUCAGACGGGCUCACCAGACUCGAGGACAAGGAAGACGCACUGGGGGAUCUUUUUUUCCCUGGGGAGAAGUGUGGUCAGACUACUAUAUCUGUGACCUCUGAUCUAUCAACACGUUCCUCGGCUUCUCUGAACGAGGAGCAGUUUGAGGACUACGGAGAAGGAGAGGAACCGGACUACACUCCCAGCAGCCCCUGUCCGGACGACGAGACUCGUACCAACGGCUACUCCGACCUCGGCUCAUCUGUACCCUCAAGUGCGGGCCAAACUCCUCGUAAGGUGCGUCACCAUUUUACUGGUGAACUCAUGGAUGUCUACUGUUCUCAGUGCAGCAAAAAGGUCAACUUGCUAAAUGACCUGGAGGCUCGCCUCAAAAACCUCAAGGCUAAUAGCCCCAACAGGAAAAUCUCCAGCACUGCUUUUGGAAGGCAGCUGCUCCACAACAGCAACUUGAGCAGCAGCAACGGCAGUACAGAGGACCUUUUCCGAGACAGCAUUGACUCUUGUGACAUCGACAUCAACGAGAAGGUGAGCUCUCUUGAGAAGAAGGUGGCAGAACUCGAGAAUGAGAUUCUGAUCAACGGUGACCUCAAAUCCAAGCUGAAGCAGGAAAACACACAACUAGUACACAGGGUAAAUGAGCUGGAGGAGCUGCUGAAAGACCAAGAGACUCGUGCAGAGCAAAAUCUGCAGAUGGAAUUAAGACGACACAGAGAGGCCUACAGCAAGAUGGAGAGAGACAAGAACACGCAGAUAGAGCUGCUGACCAACCGAGUUAAGCAGCUGGAGGAGGAGAACAGUGACAUGACUUUUAACAUGUGCCGACUGAAGUCACAGACGGAGAAACUGGAUGAGGAGAAGCAAAGGAUGACAGACAAGCUUGAAGAUACCAGUCUACGCCUGAAGGAUGAGAUGGACCUUUACAGGAAAAUGAUGGACAAACUGAGACAGAACAGACAGCAGUUCCAGAAAGAGAAGGAGGCCAUGCAGGAGCUGAUAGAAGACCUGCGUCGAGAGCUGGAGCACUUGCAACUCUACAAGCUUGAGGCAGAGAGGCCUGGCCGAAGUCGCAGCUCUUCCUCUGGGCUUGCAGACUUCAACAGCAGGACCAGGGAGGUGGAGCUGGAGCAUGAGGUCAAGAGGCUCAAGCAGCGAUUCAUGUCCCAGGACUUUCUUCCCCCUGAAAUCCAGCACCUGGUGUUGUCUGGGGCUUGGCUCCGUCCUGGUCUGAUGGAGAACCAGAAGCUGAGGGAGCAGAAUGAUGAGCUGAAUGGUCAGAUCCUCAGUCUUAGUCUGUAUGAAGCCAAGAACCUGUUUGCCACACAGACUAAGGCCCAGAGUCUAGCUGCUGAGAUAGAUAAUGCCUCCAGGGACCAGUUGAUGGAAGCCCUAAAGGAGCAGGAGGAAAUCAACUUGCGUUUGCGACAGUACAUGGACAAAAUCAUCCUGUCCAUCCUGGACCACAACCCCUCCAUUCUGGAGAUCAAGAACUAGCAGUAACUCAACUGGAAUGAGAAUUGUUCCUGAACUCGGGGGAGUGAGGAUCAUUCCAGCUGUCUGAUCAGAACCUGCGACCUGAGUCGGGAACCCAUACAGGGGGAAAGCAGAGCGAACCAGAGCAAGGCUUGUAUAAAUAGAUAUGCAUCGCCCCCUGCUGUUUAUAGCGAGAAGAACUUCUCUUGUGGACAAACCAGAAGGAAAUUCUGUGUUGGCCUAAAGGGAGUUUUCUCAGCCAGUGAUUGCUCGCUGACUGAUGGUUUUACUACUGUGACAGUUCAAGUCAACGUGUCCUGUUUUAAUUCUCUGUCUCUGCUAUGAACUGUAGUUACUGUCACCAUUUUGAUCUCAAGCUGAUGAUUUCUUCCCAGAAAUAUUCUGUGCCCAACGUACUUUGAAGACUGACGCAGUUGCUCGAUGUAGUACACCGGACAUAAUGUACUUGCGCAUUAAAAACUGGAAAAAUGUGUGUACUACUGUAUAGCUGUGUAAUUCAGAGACAGUUUGGUAUGAUGUAGAGGCACUUUUUUGACACAUAUAGGUGAAUAAGCUGGCAAGCAGACUGUAAGCCUGUGUGAGACAGGGAUGAAGGCAGAUCAGUCCACUCUGCCUGACCUGUAAAUUGCCAGUCUUUUCUCCUCUAUCAUGCAGGUGUUCUCUGAAUGCAUGUGAUGGCAUAUUGGGACAAGCACGUGUUGAAAGAAGACUGUGAAAAGAGGCAGAAGUGGUCAGUGGUAUUGAAAGCAAUGAAUUAAGCAAAAGUGUUUUCCUUAAAGAAGUGGGGAUGGUACAUGAUGGACCAUGUAAGCUCGCAAAAAGAAGUCGUGUGAAGUCGGUGAAGGUACAUUGAAGGUGAAAUUUAUUUUUGUUCAUUCUCGAGAACGUCUUCCAGGAAACCUUGCAGCAGCACUUGCAGUGUCAAUCAGUCCAGUAAGUGAAUAUUUUUUCACUGAGAAGUGGCCCUUAGUUGGUUCGGAUGAGUAGUAGAAUAUCACUUUAUGGCAUAGAAGCUACAACCAAGGAGUGUCUUCAAACUGUAACUUUCAUGGCUGCUAUUUGUCAGCACAGCCUGAGCUUGAAAAGAUUCCCGGAUGCUAUCAAAAGACCCAAAAGAUGUUGCACAGAAAUGUAAUGAUAUGAAUGUACAGGAAGUGUGGUGGAUUUAUGGUAGAGUGACUGGUAACAUGGUUUACUGAAUCAUCUUUCAAUGCUCAGUGAAAUCGACUCAGAUACUGGAUGUGAGCAUGCACAGGAGACUCACUUUUUGGUACAAGAGACUGGAUUAGCAAUCUCAAUGACACCUGCAGGUUGCAGAUUGUAGUUAAAGCCCCAACGGCUCUCUGAAAUUCUAAUACUGUAAAUAUCAUGAAUGUACAACUCAAUAUUUCACUUUCCGUGUGGUCAAAAGGGCGCUUUAAACUUAAAUCUGUAAUUGACUAAACAUGUUGUGACACAUAUGCACAGUAUUCAGUACUGUAAUAAGGAGGGCAUUGUUUUUAGAGGGGAAAAUAUUACAAUCUGCUGUAUUAUGUAAUUCUAAACUUGAGUUUUGCUUCCUUGCACAAAAAAAUGUUUUCUUUUGCAUGGUUCACAUUUUCUUCUGUCUGUGCCUUUUGAAGACAUUUUUGAAGAUGAUGUUGCUAUAGAUUUACACCAUUUUUUUGAAGGUACAUUCUUUGUCUACGUCUGACAUAUUUUCUUCACUUGUAAAUGUUGUAAUUAUAUAGUGAUAAUUUGUAUUCAUGUGCCACUUACCACUCUUUUUCAGAUUGAUACUAAGAAAACUAUUUUAUACAGUAGGUGUCCAGUUCGCAGUCUAGCACAACGCUUUGUAUGGUACGCAAGUCAGGUUAUAUUUUGUCAGUGUAAUUAUUUUGUUUUUUUAACGCAGUGGAUGAUGUUGCAUUUUUUCAAUUUUUUGUUAGUUACAUUAAGUCUACUGAUUUUCAAGUUGUUUUCAAUUGGCUUUUUAUAUGGUUGUAAACUGUCUUCCUAACUUAAACGGUGACCAUUAUGAGCAAUAUUAACUUAUUACCGAUACUUGCUGAUUUGUGUCUUGUUUUGCUUCACAAAUCCUUUUACUCUAGCUGCGUGUGCCAUUUUAGAUUUAAAUUUAAAUUUACAUUGAUCUGUAAAAACUGUCACAAAUUCAUGGCUUGUAGCUCUUAAAUUUUUUUAUUAUUAGGGCUAUCCAGUGGGAUGUAGUCACCUUAAAUUGCAAUAAAAAAUGGCUUUGGCAGCGA